UCAAGUUUGGGAUGAAACCAAGGUCAUUGCAAUAUCUCCUCCUUGCAACCUGUUUCAUCUGUCUUCUCUCCCUAGCCGCAGCAAAAGAAUUAGCAUUUGUGCAAGCUAUUUGGAGACAUGGAGAUCGGGCACCUUUGUCACAUCCUUACCCAAAUGACCCGUACGAUGAAAGUGCAUGGCAACGAGGCUGGCAGCAGUUGACUAAUAUAGGCAUUGCACAGCUAAACGAACUUGGAAGAUAUUUUCGAUCAAAAUAUGGAUCUUUUAUCUCACCUCACUAUGUAGCGAGUCAGGUCUAUAUACAAUCAUCGGACUCGGAUCGAGCCCUUACCUCUGCGCAAGCUUUCAUCUCAGGAUUCUACCCCGCACAAGAUAGUUUCCAAUGGCAAAAUGGCAAUCCUUGGCAACCAGUUCCAAUUCAUGCUACGACACCUAUCAAAAAAGAUUUGCUACUUAAACCUACUUCGGUUGAUUGCAAGGAUUAUGACAGUAUCGUGGACGCCGAUGAUGCAAAAUAUGCUGCUGUUUAUAAUAUACAGUAUGCGGAUAUGUUCAAAGUGCUUGAAGAAAACACUGGCAUCGCGAGUUUCUCAUACGUAAACGUCAACAAAAUUUAUGAUAUAACAAGAGAGCUGACUAACAAUUUGACGGACAAACAACCACCAUGGGUGUUCCAUAUAUGGCCUCAGUAUAACAACCGCAGUACUUUGGAUAUAAUAAGUGAGAUGCGACGUAUACGCAUGAUGACGAAGUUCGACUCCCCUGAUAAGGCAAAGAUGACAGGAGGCUACUUGCUAAACACCUGGAUCAAAAACGCUUUGAAGGUUGCGAACGGAACUAUGAAGAAUCCUAACAGAAUGAUGUUGUAUUCUGCGCACGAUGGCAGCGUACUAGCAUUGAUGUAUGCUAUGAAUGUUGCAAAUGGCUUGAUGGUUCCUUACGCAUCAGCUGUAAUUAUGGAAGUUUACAAAGACAAAAAUGACUUCUUGGUUGAGCUUCUUUAUCGGAAUGAUACUUCAAAGCCUCCAUAUCGCCUCCAAAUUCCUGGAUGUUCGGACCGUUGUACGGUUCAGAAGAUGGCUGAACAAUAUUCAAACAUGGUGGUGACCAGUUUGAGCAAACAUCAGGAGGUCUGUGGUACGCCAAUAAUUGAGUGCAAUAAGUCGACGUCGACUCCGUUUUCUCUCGCCCUCUCUAUUAUUUUGGUAGUCGCAAUACAACCAAAUUUUUUAUAACUAAGUUUGGUAUACUUUCGUCCAUUUCCACACAUAUCCUUUUGUACUUGCCAUUCUCACUCUCGCUCUCGUCAUAAGUCUAUACUUUUCUCUCUAGUCAUUUUGAUUCACUACGUCUUGUUGUAUGACAUCAGUCUUUAAUCUCAUUGACUUUUCGUAGGUAUGAUGAUAGG